GGACCACGCUAACAAAUCAAAAGAGUGCAUAGAACAGCUAAGUCCAGCUGUGAAAGAAGAGAACGAAGUAGCUGUACUACUGUCCCCGACCACUGGACUGGUCACACACACUGUCGCGGUUGUUGCGAAAUCCCCACAAAUGGAGUGCGGACCGGAGGGGGACGCGCUGCUGGCGACACUUACAGACUUCGCUAAAAUCAUCAUACGUGUAGUCGAGAUUGAGAAGGCUUUCCGUUGCGAGUAUUGUGAAGAUGUUUUCUAUUUAGAGGAAGCUCUGAACAGUCAUCGAGUUAUCCACAAAGGUGUUAAGAAUCCAUUCACCUGUCAUAUCUGUAAAGUCAGCUUCGCUACGUAUUCCAGGUAAACUUUCAGGUUUUCAGGAAUUUCAGGAACGACCAGUUUUCAUUCGGAAUACAGUAUUUUUUGUUUAGGAAAAUUUAAACAGAUUUUUUUUUGACAGCUUCUCGUAUAUUGUCAAGUAAGAGAGACAUGUAGUGUAGAUUUAAUCUGAUAAAAAAAAAAUUACUUAAAUCAUGAAAUUACUUGCUAUCUCGUUAAGGGCAUCAUCAUCCACUUGCCCUUAUCCCUUAUGGAGGGUCGGCACAGUAUGUGCUGCUCUUCCAUACAUCUCUA